CAUGAAGUUCUUUAAAGCGAGUUCCACCUAAAAAAAAAAUAAAUAAAACGCUACAAAAACUGUAGCUGCUGACUUUUAAAAUACAGCCACUUACCUGUCCCUUGGUCCAGCAGUGUCCUCACCAUGGCUGGUUUCACCAGCCAUCUUCUCUCCCUGGCGCUGGCAUCUUCAGUGUGGGCACCCGGCUGUGACAGCUUGCGGCUUCACAGCCGGGUGCCCACUGCACAUGCGCGAAAAGCGCUGCGCUUUGUGAAUGGUCCUGUAGUCUUCUGGGACCUGUCA